CAUUCGAGCACUCGGGCACUGCCCGAGGGCCCGGGGUCAGUAGGGGGCCUCAUGAAAUGCCCCCGAUACCUUUUAUAGGCUUUUUUUGGGUGUGCUUUGAGUGUGGGCAAGGACACAGGGGCCCCAUGAUCACCUAUUGCCCGGGGGCCCCAAGAGUUGUCAGUCCACCCCUGUCUGGGCUCAGAGAAAACAUGCUAACCAUUAAGCCACUGUGACAUCAUGUCAGCACUUCAACCAAACAGUAAUAUCACAUAUCGCCCUUCUAAAGAA